AUGCUCAGUCGACCACGAAAGCAGAUUGUCGAGGAUUUAGGAGUACCGCACACGCCCACGACGCCAAACUGGACAAAGACGACGACGACGACGACGACGACUACGACGACGAGAAAAUGGUGGUGGCCAUAUACACACUCACUGAGGGAAAAUGACAGAAGUGUAUUACCACGUUCGAGUGCAGAACUGAGCGAAAGCGACGCGUCGAGUGUGCCCAGUGACAUUACCCGUCCUCGUUCGCCCAUCAUCGUUGCUGCACCGGUAUCCGCAGACUCUCAGAAUUACUCUCCCCUCCUGUUAGUCAUCCUCCUCUUUCCGCUUUCGACCGCUCUCGUCAUUGGCUCUCUAUGGACGCUGCCCGUCCGUCUACCGUCUGCUAUUGACGACUCGUCGACGGGCUCGGGUGAACCCCACUCUGUCUUUCCACGCACCAUCUCCGACGUCCGCGCUCUGGCCUGGGCCCUCAAAGGUUAUUCAGAGACCGGCCAGUGGGAGCUCGUCCAUGUCCUCGCCGUCUUGGCCGUCACGGCCCUGUGGAAACAUGCCUGGAGUAUCCCAGGCAGCGUGUUACUCAACAUCUUGACGGGAACACUCCUCCCACCACUCCCAGCCACCCUUCUCCAAACACUGCUUACUACACUCGGAUCCGUCCUCUCUACCAUCCUCGCAACCCCCCUCACUCCCCUCCUCACUCGCUUCUUCCCCUCGGCUAUUGCCCUCACACGCUCUGCCCUCGAAGGUUCAUCCAAUUCGACGUCUCGUUCAUCUCCCUGGGCACGUUUGAGCGUGCUGCGACUGAUCGGAAUCGUGCCUUGGUCCGGCAUCAAUAUCGCCUGCGGAGUCUGCGGUGUGAGUCUGUGGCACUGUGCGGUGGGAGCGUUUAUCGGCACCCUGCCCUGGACCGCAGUCACUUGCCAAAUUGGGGAUAUCCUGCAGACGAUUGCGUCGACCCCGACUUCGCCAAAUAGUUCGGCUCAACAGACGAUUUCAUCCGUCGUCACUUCGCCAAACACCCUCUUCAAACUCGUCUUUUUGACCCUCGUCUCCCUGGCGCCGAUCCUUGCCAAGGAUCGUCUGUCCCGGUGGUUGAAUGGCGAGACGGCCGAGCUCGAUGUCACGCUUUCCCGAGAACGCGAACGCGAACGUGAGCGUGAAAAGCGUGGACGCGGGCACAAGAAACGGUUUAGCGUCGAGUGGUGGAGGCGCAGUUUGAGCAUGUCCCGGAGUAAAGAGGCAGAGGACAAUGUCGAAUUGUUGAGCGUGUCACCUGCGUGA